GAUCAUGCGGAGGAAACGGCAUGGCUGCAAUUUCUAUCGGCAGAAUGCCACAAUAUGAGCUCUUGCGAGUAGGAAGAAAGGGUCAGAGCUUGAGCAGACGUGGGUUUUGAGCGGGAUAAAUGCGACGAAGGAACAAUCCGAUGACUCGAGGUAAACCUUGCAGGAAACGGGCGCUUGUGAGAGGUAAAGAUCAAUCGACUAGAUCAUCAGAGCGUGACCUGCCAGGGGAUGCUCAACCAGCUCCGAGCUCGUUUGUCUCCGCCCACCAUGUCCGCCUCGUUCUACUCCUACGUUGACUCACCAAAUCCGAACCUGGUAUGCUGCAUAUGCAGAAAUCCCUUCUUCGACCCGUAUACAACUCGGACAUGUGCACACACGUUCUGCCUUGACUGCAUCGCACGUGCUAUUGCUAUCUCGCCUCAAUGCCCCAUCGACCGAUGCCCCCUCUCUAUGCACGAUAUUGCUCCUGCCGAUCCUGUUAUCCGGAACCUUGUAGACGAGAUCCUCGUUGAGUGCGUGAACCGCAGCGCAGGAUGCCCCUACACUUGCCAACGGCAGCUCCUCCCCAUGCAUGUCAAGGAUUCCUGCGGUUUCGUCGAGCUCCCAUGUCCCGUCGGACAGUGCGACAGAUCAGUACUACGCAAGGAUCUUGGGUCACACAGUCAUGACCCUUCAACUCCUUCCUCCUCGACAACUAUUGAGCCGGACGCGGCAGCAUCCGAGAGGAAACUAGGGCCUUCUCAUGAAGCAGAUGGUGAACAGUCUGCACGCUCAAACGCCGCACCCUUGCCUGAUGGGUCGAAGUCUCUCGCGACAGAGAACGCCGUCCUACGCUUGCGCCUUUCUGCCCUCGAAGGCGUCGUGAACGUACUUCAUCAGGAACUACAGGCCGUUCAGCGUGCUCUUGGUCCAUGGUACAGGUCAGGAGGAACAGAAGGGCAGGGAGCGGGCGCUUUCCAAGCAGACGGCCUUCGGCCAAACUCCGAGAACGUGGUACCCAGUAUGGCCCAGGAGCGCUCCCCGAGAUCUUCUUCCGCGCCCAUUCAACCAAUCAGCCACUCUAUUUCGGCCAAUCCUGAUAGCACGGCAGGCGACGACUUCGCAUCGUACUUCCCACCUGUGGAAGAGGAGAAUGUUUAUUCCCUUCAAAUUCCCCGCAGCGAUUCCGACAAUAUUACUUUGGCGCGACCCGCUCGCCGAGACCACAGCGCGAUUGCACAGGGGAUGCAGCCGCCUACGACCAGCAAUCCACAGCGCAUACACCCACCCUCCUAUUCGUUCCCGCAUCCCCCGUCCUUCCCAUCACCAUACCCAUAUGCAUCCACCCCCACCGCCUUCUCUCCGGCCGCUAUCACGGUGCCACCACUAGAUCCGACCGUCCCUCUUCCCAGCACGCUCGCAUCCAUGCACGCGUCGCUUGUCUCGCUUGCCGGCGCGCUAGGGAGUCUCGCUAGUGCCCGAGCACAGGAUGCGCUGUAUACAGGUGAGGAACUACGAGGCAUGCGUGCGGGGAUGCAUGGACUGCGGAUGCAGCUGCAUGACGUUAUGACUGCCCAAGUCAUCCGGGACCCAUCUUCUUCGGCAAGCAGCGUCUCAGGAACAAGUGGGAACGCUGUAGAUGGGACCGUCUCGGGAAUCGCGAACCUCGGGCUGGGGGUUGGCGGUGGCGGUCCCCCUCCCUGGACUGGGUAUGGGCCGGGACCACGUCCAUUUGGCACAGGGGCCCAUCCUCACUUGCCUGCGUCUUUCACGAAGCUCUAGCCUUGCAAACAUGCUGUUGCAUGCCCGCACACUCUGAAUACCUAGGAUAUAGAAAUCGCUAUUCUCCUGCCGGGCGUACGUGGUGAACAGGGAAUGUUGGACUAUGCGAGGAAAUGCGACAAUAUUAGUACUUGCUGGCAAUUCCCUCGUGUGCCUCGCGCAAAGGGGAUGUAACGCUACGUCCCUUC